AUGGCUGCGGGAGAAUCAUCUUUUAAGCUAAUAUUGGGCUCUUCAUCAGUGGCCCGGCAACGAAUCCUAGCUGAAAUGGGUUAUGAGUUUACAUUCAUGACUGCAGAUAUAGAUGAGAAAAGUACUAGAAAAGAAAAGCCUGAAGAAUUGGUGACGGCUCUUGCUGAGGCAAAGGUAGCUGCCAUCAUGUCAAGGCUCCAGAACACUGGUAGUAUGCCAGAGAAAGAUGCUCGCACGACCUUGUUAAUUACUGCAGAUAAGGUGGUUGUCUAUAAAGGGAUGAUCAGAGAAAAACCAAGCAGCGAGGAAGAAGCGACGGAAUUUAUAAAAGGAUAUUCUGGGGGCAAUGCAGCAGUGGUAGGAUCCGUUCUUGUGACUAACAUUAGAACAGGAGCAAGCAAAGGUGGAUGGGAAAGUGCAGAGGUAUACUUCCAUGACAUACCAGAGGAUGUCAUUGAUAGCCUGAUUGAUGAAGGAAUCCCAUUCAAGGUUGCUGGAGGUCUGAUGCUAGAACACCCUCUAACGUUGCCAUUUGUUGAGGCAGUGAUAGGGGCAACUGAUACUGUGAUGGGACUAUUUAAAUCUCUAACAGAAAAACUUAUACAGGAAGCUCUAUUUCAACAACUUUCCUUUCCGAAUGUGAGCUAA